AUACCCUUUUAUGCCUGCCAUACAGUCAGUCCAACUCUAUUUCACUCAAUGACACAAUCAUGGGAUGCUCAGGGCUGCUGAUUUUGGGUCUUGUCCUAAAUGUUGCUCACUGCUUGGAAAGUCUGGAUGGAGUGCUGGAGAUCACAAACAACAUCACAGGAGUCCUGGGAGAGGAUGUGUACCUGCCCUGUAGAUAUCUGGGCAAGAGUGAGAUCUUGAGUGCCAAGUGGAGACGCCGGAUUAACGCUAAGCGUAAAUCUGUGGGACUGGCAGGGUUUAAUGGUGACCAGCCAUUACUUGGCCGCAAUGGCUUCUCAGUCCCAGACUCUAUCACCAACCUCACAGUUAAGAUGAAUGUGUCAAGUGUUGAUUUAGAAGGAGAAUACAUAUGUGAGUUUGAAUCAGAUGCCGAUUAUAAUUCUGACAGCGUAUUCCUCACUGUAGUAGCUCGGCCAGAUAUCCAGAUCCAGGUGAAUGCAGAGACCCUAAACGGCUCUCACUACCAGUCGGUGUGGUGCUCUGCCGUCGACGGCAGGCCUCCGCCUCAGAUCAGCUGGCUAGUCAACGGCCUUCCUCCUUCAGAUUACCCUUUUACUGUGAACGUGACUGAUACUGUUCACUCAAACGGCACCUCCACCCUGAGCAGUAUCCUCCGCUUCCCCACCCAGCUGCUGGAUGAGGACAGCGUGACCUGCGUGAUCAAACACCCGACCCUCCUAAACCCCAAACUCACCACAGUCAGGGUGGAAACGUACACGAGGCCAAAUGUGACCAUUAAAGCAGAGAUGAUACAACAAGGAGGAAGUGAGUUCUGGGUGGUCUCUUGCAUUUCGUCUGGAGGGAGACCUGCCACUGACAUGUCCUUGGCUUUGAACACCGAUGAAGAGCUGCGGAAAGAGAACAACACAGACUCAGACAUACAAACAAGCUCAGUCUUCCUCCCUGCAUUAGUUUAUGAGGGGCACAAUGUCACCUGCGUGUUUGACCACCCCAAAUUUACACAGAAAGUGUCACAAGUCAUCACACUGCCGUCUUUUUAUUUGUCAGGAGGUCAGCUGUUGAACUCAGAGGAUGGAAGCAACGGUGGUGACUUCCAAGACUCUGAAUAUUCAGAGCUGCAGGAAGGACAGACUGACACCGUCAUCAGAUUGCCGAUCACUGGGAAUGUGCCACGUUACAAUGUUACCUGCAAAACAGAUGAUGGACCCUUGCCUGAGGGUGUGGAGCUGGUUGGCAGAAGCCUCACAGUUCAGGGUCCUGUGGGGCAUCAACAUGCUGGCCUGUAUGAGUGUUUGGUUUCAUAUCACCAUCUCCAAGCAACACUGAGGUUUAAUGUCACAGUUAAACCUCAAGUUAUACAGCCUGUUCCUCCCACAAUACGAGUUGAUUUGCAGACCGAAGAUGGACGCAGGGUGAUUGAGUGCUCAGCAGCUGAUGCUGAUCCUGUAGCCAACAUAUCCUGGCUUCUACCAGAGGGUGUGUCUGGAGUCCAUUGGUUCAAUUUCACUUCUCAUAAUGGAAGCCACUCUGUCAAGGGAGUUUUACUCCUCCCUGCCUGCUUGCCUUGGGAGCUCACUGCAGAGUGUGUGAUAAAUCACCCUGCAUUUGAAGAGCCAGAGAACAGAAGCGUAACACUCCCUCGUUGCGCUCCCCCACAUAUUACCAUCGACUCCAGCAAUGAGUGGAAAGACGGUCACAAGUACACAAAAGUGGACUGCUCUGUGGAAAGUGUUGCCCCCGCAGCAACCAUAACCUGGCACGUUGAAAGCAACGACAACAGCAUCAGUUAUGUGUCAGAGACUCCAGAAGUCCGGGCUGAUGGUCUGGUAUCGGCCCGUAGUUCUGUGCACCUCUUGUCUUCUUUGUAUUCUGGUCAGAAUUUGACCUGCAUGGUGGAGCAUCCGAGCCUGGAGGCACCAGAAGAAAGAACAAUACACAUUCUUGUGCACAAAGCCCCUCUGCUGAGUGUGUCUGUGGAAAGACAGCACGGCUCUCCCCUCUGGCUGGCAGUGUGCGAAUGCAGAGGGGAGGGUGUCGGGCGGAACCUUGCCUGGGUUCUUCCCGAAAAUGCUAAAAGCCAAACAUCCCUGCAGUCAGAGUAUGAAGGCAAAGUCCUGAAAGCCAGGCUGACUUAUCAGUUUCCUCUGGCCCUUCAUGAGGGGCAGGACCUCACCUGUGUAUAUCAUUUCGAACAUGGAGCAACCGAGAAGAAGACGAUUCACAUCCCCAGAUACUACAUCUCCUCUGUGAGAGUCCUAAACCACACAACUCCUCUGCAAAGCCGCUACAGUGAUGAACCCAUCACACACAGGCUUGCUCUCCAGGAAAAUCAUCGCAACCAGAAAAUACUGCUCCGAGUCGAAGGCAACAUGCCAGAGUACAACCUCAACUGUAGAAGGAGUGAUGGCUCAUUUGUCCAAAUGGAAGGACUUGCAAUGGUCUUCCAGUCAGCACUCACAGAGCUGGACGAAGGCCUGUACACCUGCCAGGCAUCCUUCUAUCACCACACGGCCACAGUCAACAUUCGAGUGGAGAUCAUGAGCGAGGACAAACUGUUUGCACUGGUGACCAUGAUCUGCAUCUCCUCGGCCUCGGCCAUUAUGCUUAUGCUCGUCGUCACUCUCUGGGUGUGCUGCAAAGUAAAUAACAGGACAAAAUAUAAGAAGCCGGAGUCUCUCUCGGCCUUGACAACUCUGAUGCAGGAGCCCGGCUCUCCUGAGGUGAAGAAGCCACCGGUGACAGAAAAAGACGGCCAGCAAUACUCUAAGCUGGUCAGUUACUCCAUAGUCAUUGAUGUCAAGAGCACAGUGUGAAGACAAAAGGUGCUUCGAUUUCUCAUUCAGCUUUACAUUGUGCACAUUUAGAUAUGAGGCUUACUGGAACUGCAGCAUUGUUUAUAAUCCGUGUGUAUUUUUUUAGCAUUAGAUGUGAAAGGAUCCUCUGUUUAUGUUCUAAAAUAUGUUUUUUGAUUGAUUGGCAUUAAUGAUUUUAAAUGCAUUACCUUUGCACUUUUUAAUCUUACUUGAAUUUUGUACUGUAUGCACAUUGUAUUUUUCCAGUAUUUGUCAAUAAAAUAAUCAAUACAAUAAAUGUUUUGCUCAA